CUAUUAAUGAGAAAAAACUCGAGCACAACGCUUGUCUUUCCAUUGCAUCACACUGAACACGGUAACAAUUGCUGCCAAGUCUUAAUCACCUCGUUUCAGGAUUUUGCCAAUUGUAAAUGUAAGCACGUUGUUCGUGACGGGUUUACUACUCUGCAAUCGUGUAUCUUUUUCUCUUUCAUAUACUGCACUGGGUUGGACUUUUAA